UGGGGGAAGAGGGAUCUCCAUCACUCUCGGAGCUCGGCGAGGGGGCUCCCCUGUGCUGCUGGACGAGUGCGGGCGGUGCGGCCCCGCUUCCACCCAGCUCCCGACGGAGGGGGAACCCCCCGGCGCCCGGAGCCGGGGCAGAGCACGGUCCCCCUCGCUGCCGGAGGCUGUGAGGGUCGCGCUCCCCCGGGGGCCCCCCGCCGCCUCCAUCCCCGAGGAAUCCUGGGCGGAGGGCGGGCUCGGCUCCCCCUUCUCCCUCCCUCCCUGCCGGGGGUUUGCCCUGGGACGCGCCGGCAGCGCCGGGCUCGGCUCUGGGACGGCGGGCCGGGGUCAAGGGCGGCAGGCGGGGGGCGAUGCCGGCGCCAGGGCAGCGCCGAGGGUCCGGCUGAGCCCCGGGCACCCCCCGAGCCCUCAUGGCGGGACGGGCGCCUCAGCGCAGCCUCCCCGCGGCAGCGGCCGCCGCGCUCCUGCUCCUGCCCAUAGUUCUCCACUGUGAAUCCUCUGUGAACCUGCCCUUGUCUGUUCUGCUGGAAAAGUACUGCGAAGCUUUGUCAGCCCGCACCAAUGUCACAGGUCCGUACUGCAAUGCCACCACGGACCAGAUCGGGACCUGCUGGCCCAGAACCUCUGCAGGGGAACUGGUGGAGAGACCCUGCCCGGAGUUCUUCAAUGGGAUCAAAUACAACACCACGAGAAAUGCCUACAGAGAAUGCCUGGGCAAUGGGACAUGGGCUUCCAAGAUAAACUACUCUCAGUGCGAGCCUAUUCUGGAUGACAAGAGGAAGUAUGCGCUCCAUUACAAGAUUGCUCUCAUCAUAAACUACCUGGGCCACUGUAUUUCAGUAGGGGCCCUUAUAGUUGCCUUUAUGCUUUUCUUGUGCUUGAGGAGUAUCAGAUGCCUGAGGAAUAUUAUCCACUGGAACCUGAUCACCACAUUCAUCCUGAGGAAUGUGAUGUGGUUUCUGCUUCAAAUGAUAGAUCACAACAUCCACGAGAGCAAUGAGCCCUGGUGUCGAUGUAUUACCACUGUCUACAAUUAUUUUGUGGUGACCAACUUCUUCUGGAUGUUUGUGGAAGGCUGCUACUUACACACUGCUAUAGUGAUGACCUACUCCACAGAUAAGCUGAGGAAAUGGGUCUUUCUCUUCAUAGGAUGGUGUAUUCCCUGUCCAAUCAUCAUUGCCUGGGCCAUUGGCAAGCUGUAUUAUGAAAAUGAACAGUGCUGGUUUGGAAAAGAGCCAGGGAAAUACAUUGACUACAUCUACCAAGGGCCAGUGAUUCUUGUUCUCCUGAUAAAUUUUGUAUUUCUAUUUAACAUAGUUAGGAUUUUAAUGACAAAGCUGAGAGCUUCAACCACUUCAGAAACAAUCCAGUACAGGAAGGCAGUCAAGGCCACGUUGGUUCUCCUGCCUCUGCUUGGCAUCACCUACAUGCUUUUCUUUGUCAACCCUGGCGAGGAUGACAUUUCCCAGAUUGUUUUCAUCUAUUUCAAUUCCUUCCUUCAGUCUUUUCAGGGUUUCUUUGUGUCAGUAUUUUACUGCUUCUUGAAUGGUGAGGUCCGUUCUGCUGCCAGGAAGAGGUGGCACCGCUGGCAGGACCACCACUCUCUGCGGGUGCGUGUGGCACGAGCCAUGUCCAUCCCCACGUCCCCCACGCGCAUCAGCUUCCACAGCAUCAAACAGACAGCGGCCGUGUGACCACCCUGACACCGCCCACCACCACCCCGUGGCCUUCAGAGUUCUCCUGUCUUCACUCCCAGCCCAAAGCCCCUUUCUGCAAACUCCUCCUUUGUCCUCACUGGGCUCUUUUCAGUGAGGGGCCCGUCCCGUUUCGGCGGGCUCUCAUCUCCCACAUCUGCGAUGCUGCUUUGAGGAAACCAGGAAAAAGCCUCUUGGAGUUGGUGGUGAUAAAACAGAUUCAAAGAAGGAACAGGUUCAACCCUGACUGCAUCCUGUGGAAAUUCACAAUGCACAGUCUAAAACAGCACACUGGCAGGAAUAAUCAAUUUUUUUCUCCUUCCUUUCAUUUUUUUUUAAUUUUUUUUUUGUUUUUAUUCCCCCUUUCGUAUUGCGGUGAACAAAGACUGUUUUUAACACACUGCCCAUCUCCCCCUGUACAUUGAUUCCAAAUGUUUUCAAAAGUUUGGUGUAUAAUAGCCCAUCCCUUUCUUGUUUUCUUUGUAAAAAGUUUCUUCUCUGCAAAACUGUCAUUUGAGAACUUGUGGCAGCAAGAAAAAGAGCAUCUGAAAGGUGGUGUGAAAAGCCUGAAUUUAUCUGCCUUCCCCAUUUCUGUCUUGGACUGACUGGGAAUUGUCAGGACAUCGCUGGAGUGUUCCACACAGGACACUGUGCCUGGCAAGCAUCAAACCCUGCUCUUACACCGAUUUUCAAAGGACAGGAGUAGCUCUAAGCACCUCUACAAAAUACUCUCAUUCCUCUUAGCCCCACACUUCCAGCACAGUGUAAGUGGAAAGCCUUUGGAAAGUGGGGUUUUUUUCAGCUCAGAGGAUUGGGGUGGGGAAGGACAACUUUUCUGGGUUUAAAAAACACAAAAGGGAAGCACUGUAAAGAUAAUGAUGGUGAGAAGAGGAUGUUUGUGUUCCGAGGAUAAUGCUGCGUGCUGCACAAAGGUAUCUAUUGAGCAUUUUGAACUAGAGCAGUUGUAUCUACCAGGCUUUUUAUGUGGUGUUCAAAAAUACUGUAUAUUUUCAAUAAUAAACACUACUCUGGGUUGGUUUCAAUAAAACCAGGCAUCAUUUUCUUUACUCUGGAAAGGAAGAGGACACCUGUCUCGAGAGUGGUUUUGUAGCCAAGAUCAGGGAAGGAAAUCCUGUUUGAUAAUGAGCCAAGAAGAAGAACAAGCUUGUGAUAAAAUCCUAACAAGGGGGCAUUGAAAUGCAAGAAGAAUUGCCUCCCUUCUCAGCUCAUGGUCUUAAGCUGGAUCCCUGUCCCUCCGCUCUCUCUCCGCUGGGCUUUGCCACAGCAGUAAGAAAAAUAUUGUGUAAUAUGUUCUCCACCUGCAUCUCAACAGAGCUGGGAGUAAUUUACUCUUUCCACUUUUAUCAAGCUUAUUCUGAAUUUUCUUCAGAUGUUUUUUAGGACUUUUCAGCACGAGCUUGAGUUAAACCUCCAGAUUUAUGUUGCUCUUGUUUUCAGUGGCUGGAAAAUCUCUUGGAAAACACUGUUAUAAAUACCCUGCUUAUUGGGGGGAGGAACAUCUGUCCUAACAGCUGUCCUUACAGCUCUGUCAUAUUCAACUUUGAGCUUGCUGGCAAUGAACAGCAAAUUUAAAUAAACAACAUUUUGUAACUUUU